AUGGGGGGAACAAUGAAGAAAAAGCACACGAAAGGUCAGGUUGUCGCGUUUCUCAGUCAGAAGCAGGCAAUGAGACGCUUGCAGCUAAACCUUCCUAAUUUUAGAAAACUUCGGAUAUUCCAUGUAAAGCUCAAGAAAGCACGAGAAAAGAAAGAUAAAGAGAAGGAGUUUCGAGUAAGGAUAAAUAAGCCAAGAUACACGCUUCAUCAAAUCGUAAAAGAAAGAUACCCUACGAGGCAGGAUGCUCUGCGGGAUAUAAGUGACAGCCUUAACUUAUUGUUUCUCUUUGAGAAGCUUCCUAAACUCACCCAAUUCCACCCUUCUUUAAUCUCUAUCAGUCGAAGACUGUGUGUGGAAUUUUUGAAUCUUGUUGUGGCAACACAAGCAGUUCGAAAGGCAUUUAUUAGCAUAAAAGGAUUUUAUGUUCAAUCUGAAAUUGAUGGAAUUCCAGUAGUCUGGAUUAUGCCCCAUGCUUCUGUUACUCACACCCCAACUGAUGUCGAUUACCGUAUACUAGCAACUUGUCUGGAAUUUGAUGCUACACUUAUUGGAUCUUUGAUUUUGUACCGGAUCAAUAACCUAGUGUACCCCCCAAAACUCUCUGUGCGUGUUGAACAUGAUCCGAAUGGAUACUAUUGUGGCCAAAAAGAGAGCCUUUUUGAGUUUAUGUCGUCCCUCAGCUUCCCACUAAAACGCACAGAGCCGCCAAACGAUGUUGACGUUGAUGAUUUGACUGAGCUCCAGGCUAUUGAUGAGCAGGUUUCGCAAGCGAUAAGUAAGCAAAUAGAAGUUCAAAACGUGAAAAGGCUUUUCAAGAACAAACGGUUUUUCCUUAUGCGUGAAGUUCCACGAGAAGUAAUAUGUUUGAUUAUACGGUCUUGUGGCGGGGAGUGUUCCUGGGAUAAAAUUGUUUCUCCAGGAUAUACAUUCCAAGAAGAUGACCCUACUGUUGACUACCAAGUAGUAGAUCGUCCGAUGACAGAUAUGAAAUUGACACGUUACUAUGUCCAACCACAGUGGGUUUUCGACUGUUUAAAUGCAGGGAGACUGUUGCCAACACAAGAUUACUUACCGGGUUGUAGUCUCCCACCUCAUUUAAGUCCGUUUAUUGGAAGUUCUGGUACUGAUGAACUUUUAGACACUGCAGUUAUGUCACUUUCAAACCGUGGUGGACUUGUCGGUGUUGCUCCUGGAUUUGGGGAUGGUGCAUCUAUCUAUCGUCCACCAGAGGCAGAUUACCUUGCUGGUUUGGUGAGUCUGGCUGAAAUCCGUGGAGCUAGAGUCCAAGCCCAGUCUGAAGGCACUAUCGAGAGUCAGUCAGAAGUGGAUAAUGACCUUUUGAAUGAUUCUUCCACUAAAGAAGAAAAUGAUUUAAAAACCAAUGUACAGACAAAGGAGCGAUCCAAGCUUAAGAAAGUUUCAAAAGGUAAGGAACCCAAAGUAACACCUGGUCGAGCUGAAAGCAAAACAGUUAAGAUCUACAAAGAGAAGGAGGAAGCAAACGCUGAACGUAAGUUAAGGGAGUUAAUGUUACCAAAAAAACACAAAAAUGUAUAUAAGAAAAUGGUACAUUCUAUCAAGCGAAAAGAAAAAGAAGCACGCCAGUUAGAAGCAAAACGACGUCGAAUUGACAUGGGAACCGGAUGA